CUGUUUGUGUUUCAUUUGUUUCCCCAUAUCUAUCCAUCACCCCAACCCCCAAAUUCUGCCCAUUUGGACUGAGAAUGAGAGGGGGACCUCCACUCCUGGAUUAUGUGACCAGAGUUCCAUGUCAUCAAGCCGCACUCAACAGAUGUAUGCAUUCAACUGGAUACGGAAUCACCUGGAGGAGCACCCAGAGACUUCCCUCCCGAAGCAAGAGGUGUAUGAUGAGUACAAGAGCUAUUGUGACAAUCUCGGCUACAAUCCACUGAGUGCAGCAGACUUUGGAAAGAUCAUGAAGAAUGUCUUUCCUAACAUGAAGGCCCGUCGACUGGGCAUGAGGGGCAAAUCCAAAUACUGUUAUAGCGGGUUAAGGAAGAAAGCUUUUGUUCACAUGCCGUCUUUGCCCAACCUGGAUCUGCAGAAAUCUGGUGAUGGGUGUGAGCUGAUGGAGUCGUCGGGUCAGUCGCCGAGCGCUGAAGAUGAGAUGAGAUCUGCAGCCUGCGGACUGGUGUGUGAGUGGGCUCAGAAGGUCCUGAGUCGUCAGUUUGACCACGUGGAGGACCUGGCCCGCUUCCUGCUCAACAGCCACUACAUUGGUACUAAGUCCAUGGCUGCACUCACUGUUAUGACUGGCACACCCACAGGAAUGAAGACGCCAACGCCUGCCUCUGCGUUCGUGCCCACAGCUGAGGCAAACUCCUUCCAGCCACAGGUGAAGACCCUGCCCUCGCCCUCUGUUGAUGCAAAGCAGCAACUGCAGCGGAAGAUCCAGAAGAAGCAGCAGGAGCAGAAGCUCCACUCGCCCCUGCCCAAUGAGUGCCAGGUCAAGAGAGCAGAGGCCAGCACCCCUGGCCCCACCAUUCCCUGUGGCAGCCCUGCUAUGCUCUCCCCGCAGCCCACAAUAGGCAUCGUCGUAGCAGCUGUCCCCAGCCCAGUCACGGUACAGAGAACCAGGCAGUUAAUGACAUCGCCCAGCCCUAUGGGGACAGCGGAGGGAAAAGUGCUGCCUGUGAACUUCCAAGUGGUCACUCAGUCGAUUAAGCAGUCCCCCAAAACUCCCCAGAAUAUCUCGGCCAGUCCAGUGGGAGACCGUCUGGCUCGACACAGCACGCGAUACGCUCAGAUCCUGCCCAAGCCCUCUGCCACCAGUGCCAUCACGCUGCGCUCACCCCCCACCCUCCUCAUCACCAACAGCCCCAUAAAAACUGUGAUGCCCAACUCCCACGUGAGCUCUAUGAAUGUGGUGAAAAUGACGGCGAUCGCUCUGGCUCCCAGCAGCAGCAGCAGCAGCACAACCGUGCGUCCCGCCUCGGCAGGUGUGACGACCAUGGCUGCUCUGGAUGAUUCCCAACAAUCACACUCGGUCAUGUCUCAUUCUCCUGCAGUCAGGCCCAGUGCCCCAGCCCUCACUCUGAACUUCACAGACUUUAGAGCGGUGUCUGACGCUAGAAACGACAAUAACCCCACAUCUGGCUCAGAGAGAACUGCCGCUGGGGUCAAAGAGGAGAGAGUGGCCAAGUUCAGGGCGGCCAGCGAGCCAAGCUUCCUUGUUAAGUGUUCUCUGGGACCAGAUAAAGGGUUAAGGAUAAAAAGUGACCCCACAUCGCCUCCCACCUUUGUAGCUGUAGCUGGGACUCAGGACAGCAAUAACAGUAACUGCCAUGACGGUACUUUGUACUUGACUGUUGAUAAUCACAACUCCAAUGGGUCAUCCGCUGUUACUCCAACGUCAAAAGAUCCCUGCUCAGAUGCUAAAAGCCCCCGAAAGCGCACAGGCCCAGUCGGGGAGUCCCACGUGAUUCCUGUGAAGAGGGUGUUUAUCUCCCAGCAGCCAAUGGCUGUAAUUGACAAUCUAAAACCUGGCGUUGGUGCUGCACUGAAGAGGAUCCCUCGCCCGGGAACCCCUGCCAGACCAGAGAGUGCCCCCUGCAAAGUGACUGUGAAACACACAACCAUUGGGCCCACGCAGAUCCUCGCACUCUCCGACUCGCCCAUCACACACACAGAGGGCUCCCCGACUGUUGUCAAACCCCAGGCCUUGGUCGUGAAACCGAACGACCACUCUCUCAGCACUAACACCAGCACCGGGGUAGCUGGAAGCAACCCGUCCGAUCAGGCCUUGCUACAGCAGAUCACUGGGGACCCCCGGGCCAUGCCAGCCAACUCAGGAGCACACAAAGCCUCUGUGAUGAGUGACUUAAAGAGCACAAUAUGGGAGGAGGGACAGCUUGACGAGCUUCGAAAGCAGGCGUUUGCUCAGCAGAUGCCAGCAGAACACAAACAAGCCCCUACCGACCAACUUUCCCUUAUAGCUCAACCCCCUGAGACCUCGGGCCAGCUCACGCUCACACAGGAGAUGGUCGACUUUGCAGGUUCUCAGCCCAACAUGGACUACUUCCCGUUCAACGACGACGACAUGACCCAGGACAGCAUUGUGGAGGAGCUAGUGCAAAUGGAGGAGCAAAUGAAGCUGAAGGGUCUGUUUAGUAGUUGUGUUGACGUGUCUCUACAAGGCCAGUCAGCCAGCAACCAAGGCUCUAUCCUGAACGCUCACCAGGCCAACACUACCUUCUACCACUCUGCCCAUAAUAGUACCACUCCCGUCCAAACUCCCACUCCAACACCGACACCGACCCCGACUCCGACGCCCACUUCCGAAAUGACGCUCGGGCACAGCAUGACAAGAGAGAGCCCCUGCUCCCGCAUGAAUCCCAUCACCCCUGUGGACGGAGCAAUGGGUCGCCACACACCUAUCAGCACUCCACUGUCCAACUGCAGCAGCAGUGUCCCCCCUAGCCCAGUGGAGUGCAGGAACCCUUUUGCCUUCACUCCCAUAAACUCAAGUAUAACAGGUUACCAUGAUGCCAGUAUUGUCUCCAGCAGUCCCGUAAAGCCCAUGCAGAGGCCAAUGGCGACACAUCCUGACAAGGCCAAACUGGAGUGGAUCAACAACCGCUACAACAGCAACGCUGCCAGCCCUCUAUCCAACCACAGUAUUGGUAUUCUGCCCAGCUACCAAGACCUGGUAGAUGACCAGUUUCGAAAGCCACAUGCUUUUGCAAUUCCCGGCCAGUCAUUCCAAGUCCAGGCGAGACCAGAUGCUGCUCACUUUGGCCGCUUGACUCCCAUUUCUCCAGUGCAGCAACAGCCACAACAACAACAAACGCAGCAGCAGCAGCAGCAGCAGCAGCAGCAGCAGCAGCAGCAGCAGCAGCAGCAGCAGCAGCAGCAGCAGCAGCAGCAGCAGCAGCAGCAGCAGCAGCAGCAGCUGGGGACAGGUGUAACUACUCCCACUAAACAGGAGAGCUUUGCUGUGCCUGCACCUUUAGACAACAAAGCAUCGACCUCAUCUGCGUCUGUCACUUUCCGCUGCCGCAGCGUCAGCCCGGCAGUGCGCCAGAGGAACUUCAGCGGCAACACCGGCCCUCUGGCCACCACCACGAAUACCAGCACCACCACCCGUGCUGUGGUUUCUCCCUUUAACUCUCCCAUCACCUCCGAGGUGCUCAGCAUCCUGUCCAACAGUCAGACAGUCAGCGCUGCCCACAGCAUGGCCCAGCGGAGUCAGUCUGUUCCUCUGAACAUCAUGAUGCAGAGUGAGAUGCUGCCCGUGCAGGGUCAGAGCAACACUGCAAAAAUUACAAACGUCCUUCUCAGCAAGAUGGAAUCGGAUGGGGAUGAUUCAGUCCGUGGCCUGGGAAUAAACAACCUCCCCUCUAACUACACGGCCCGUAUGAACCUCACACAGAUCCUGGAGACGACUCCUGGCUUCACUGGGGGAACUACUCACCAGACUCAGCUGCCUGUCGGCUCGAGCCCUGCUGCCUUCGAGCUCCAGCAACACAGUUACCUCACCACUGGCGGUGGAGAGCAGGUGACUUUCUCUACCGGGGACAGCCAAGCACAAGCAGGGCCUGGUGAGCAAGACCAGCAGCAGCAGCAGCAACAACAGUUGCAGCUCCAGGAGAAUCCCGUGCAGACACAACCACAGCUCCUCCUCCAGAGCACACAACAGCAGGAGGCGGAGGACGAGCAACAGCAGCUGGAUUUCAACAACACUGUUAAGGACUUGCUGGGGGAUGAUGGUCUCAACCCCAGCUCCCAGUUGGUGGGUCAGGUAGCCUCGGAGCUCAACGCCGUGGCGUCUGACUUCUCGAACGACAUCCGACUGACCUCAGAUCUGUCCAGUAGCAUCACUGACCUUAACACAUUGGACACCAACCUGCUGUUUGACCCAAACCAGCAGCAGGAACAAUAUGAAGAUUCAACACUGGAAGAACUGAAGAACGACCCGCUUUUUCAGCAGAUAUGCAGUGAUACUGUGAACUCUGGUUUCGACUGGCUAGAAAGCAAAGACCAGCCUACCACAGUAGAGAUGCUGGGCUAACGAUAUCUUUGACUCUGUAUGGUUUCCGUUCUGUUGUUUGUUUGGUGCAUAUGUAGUAUAUCUGUUUUGAAACUAUAGUUUGUUGGGAUUUGUCUGGACUUUGCCAUCCGUUCUGUUAAAAGUGCCAGGCGUACCAGAAAAUCUCUCCUACUGACGUUUAGUUACUUCUCUCCUUUUACACUUGUCACCUGGAGUUUCAGUACUGAACCUCUUUUUCUCCCUCAUCAGAAAUCAAGAAACGUAAGAAUUUGGUGGCGGCAUGCACCUACGAGAGCAGAUCUGUACGGUAUCAACAUAAUGAGGAACGUAAUCUUCCAUGUUAUAGCCAAUCAAUAAUGCAAUAUUUGUAUUUAAUGAACACUUCAAGAAAGUGAGAUGGGUAGGAAAUUUGGCACAAAAAGACUUCACCAAAAAAUGUAUGCUGUUGUAUACUAUUUUCAGUGUGUGCAGUUCAAGAUCAACCAAGUGGAAACAAUAUUGGGAUUGUUGUAUAUGCACAUAAUAGUAGUACAUUUGCCUGCCAUAUCGGAAUAUGAAAAAGGGUGGCAUCUUACCGCUGCCAGGUGCUGAAUUUAUGACAUAAUCUUUAUACUUUUAUCAUAAACCAAAAUCAGUGGUAAACUGAUUCACAUCUGAGCAUUGUCCGCAAGUGAAAUUUUCUUAAAAACCUAUACUUCUUGUACUGUUUAAUAUCUUAUAAAGGGAGUAGAUGAAUCAGUAGGGAGACGAUGGGAAUUCAGGCCUCUUUGCGGACUAUACAUGGAAAGGAAUCAACAACUGGCUGCCUUACUCCCCAAAGUCCAAGGCCUUAUGCCAUCUUUAGAGAGACUGUAUAUAGUAUAAUGUUAAGAUAUCUUCAGAACCAUCCAGAGCUUCAUCAUAUCAAGGCAGCUGUUACUGUGAUAUUUUCAGUACUAUUUCUUAUUCUGUUUUAUUAUUUUCUUUUGCAGUUACAAUAUAGACGCGUAUUGUACAGGCAAACAACUACACUCUGUGUGCCCUUAACCAGUGAUGGAUUUAGAGGAAUUGAAUAUGCUGUCAUUUCAUGAAAGCACACAGCAGGCACAUGUCAUAGAUUUUAUUGGCAUGCUAUACUCCCAGCUCGGAUAAGAAUUUAAACGGUAUGGAGAAGGCUUACUUAGAGAAAAAAAAAAGCUGAAGGCUGACGUGUUUGAUUCGAUGUCAUUUUGAGAUCAAGCAGAGGCGAAAUCAUUGUUUGUGGAGAUCCAGCCUUAUUUCCAUACCAAAGAUGAUCUGUUUGAAUAACAUGAAGAGAUUAUUACACGUAGAGACACUCCUGGCAAACAACAGGAAGCGAGCAGCGUCUGACGAUAUAUUGCAUUUAAGAAAAAAUGAUUAAGUUGCAGAUAUCUUAUGUACAGUAUGUAAAUUUGUGAAAUGGUCACUGUCCUAUGUUUUAUAGGUAACCAUGGACCUGAAAGCAUGUUGAAACCAUCACUGCUAGCCAGGUAGGCGCUGUGAUACAGUAGGAUGCUUGCUUGAGUUUUUUGGCUAUUGUCAAUGUUGUAUAAGUCAUGUUUAAGCUCCAUCUGUAAAUAGGAUAGAUACAUAGAGAUUUGAUGUAUCAAGACACUAUAUUAUGGCCAUUAUUCUAGCUAAGUAUGUGCCACCGAAAAGAGAAAAAAAAAAGCUUAACAGAUCUAUAGUCGGCAAGAUACUGUAUGUUGUGUGUUACAUUUCUGGCUCAAUGUGUCGUAAAAGUAAUGCUGUCUGGUCUCGCUUGCUGAUUUUCAUUUGUAUUAUUUUCUAUUCAAAGAUAAUAGGACUCUGCGGUUGCAGAAGUGAUGUGCGCUUUGAGCAGGAUCAAUAGCAUGGUUUAAAAAAAAAAAAGUUGUGAUACUGUUAGCUGGUUGCAAACAUCUCUGUGACAGACAUUGUGCUCAAAGCCUUUCAGCAGACACUGGAAAAAAAAACUCAUGUUUCAACAAACUUUGGAGGUUCACAUUAUUGCACUAAAUUUUUAUGACACAUCUUUAUGGACAAAUGUAACGACGGAUGCCCGCAAAAAAAAGAAAAAAUGACAAGAUGAGUAAGGAAAUUAACUGAACGGUCAGAAAAUGACUAAUUGUCUUGUAGCAAAAUGUGCAUUAAUCUCAGUGAGAUACACAUUUCUUACUCAUUCUCAUACAUGAGAAUUUAAAGCAUAGAGGGGGAAAAAAGUUAAAUAACCUUUUAAAACCUACAUGCUCAUUAUGUUGAUAAAUGAUUGUACGCACGCAUGUGUGAUGACUUAUGUUGUACUUUGUAUCCUUGGUAACCACUGUCUUCUGUGAUUUUGGGCAGGUUCUGUUAACCAGACUGGCAGUGCUAGUUUUAUGAGUUACAUUGUUGUGUGUUGUUUACUAAGUUAAUGUUGUUCUAUAUGUUAUGUUGACAACUGUCUCCUGUUGAUUUUACAUAUUCUUACUUUGCUAAAUGCGUUUGUGAAGAAAUUUAACAUUUUUCUCUUUUUUUAUUUUAACAAUAAGGCACUGAUAUUUGAAUAUGAAUGAAGGAAAUGCACCUCUUAAUGUCUACAGGAGCUCCAUCAAGUGGUGACUGAUUCUUUACCUUUGACUGACCCAGAACCAACUCUGUUCGACUCUCUUGUCCAUUUUUACCAGUUAAAAAAACCCUCCUCUGUGGUGUUGUCUGGUGUACUGCUUAAUGUACAGUAGCUUGUUAAUAUUGCAAAAGCGUUGUUUCUUUUUUUUCAAUGGAAAGUACUCACUGGUGAGAUUUUUAAAGUGGUUUUAAAAGCCAAUAAACUUUUUUAAAGAAUG